AUGAGUCAAACGGAGGUGCAUCGAGUUCUCACUCAGUGUGGAUUGGCCGAAUAUAUCACAAAAUUUGAAGAGCAUCAUAUUACUGAUGAAGAUUUACUGGAACUUUCAAAGGAGGACCUCGCAGAACUUAUUCCGAGCAUUGGACACAGGACAAAAUUAUUCAACGCGAUUAGCAAAAUUAACGCUGGCUCGGACUCUCAGUCAUCCGGUUUUAGUGGUGCAUUGCUAGGUGAACAGGAAAUGAGAGAACGAGGAUUGAGAGUUUCGCCAGGUCUUUUCCGGAAAUCAUUCACCCCAAAGGUUGGCCCCCAUUGUUCCAAUGUCUGCGAAAUCUUACCAGAAACAGCUUUGGUGCAGAUGAAUCAUCAGUCUCAUCACUACUUGUUUUUUAGCCCAAGUAAGCAGGCAAUGGAGCAACUGGCCCUUGAUUUGGUAAACAAAUAUCCACUUCUUGGAGAUCCUCGUAGGAAGAAUUUGGGGGCUGAAAUGUGGUAUUUUAAUUCUGCACAUUCGAGCGGACCUAUGGGAUUCUUGGAAGAAAGAAUUAAAAACCAACGAAAAAAACUGACCAAGAAGAAGGCAAUCGAAAACAAGGUCGAGGAUGACAUUAGCUCGCUAUCAUGGGAUUCUGAACUUGAAGAGGAAAAUCCCGAAUCUGAUGAAAAAAUGCUGGAAUUUUUAAGACAGAAUAGAGGUGCAGAUAUUGUUGACACAAUGAAAUCCACCGUGUUUAUGCGCCGAACAGUUAUUCGAGAUGAGAUGAAAGACAACCUCGCUGGUUUUCGUCGAAUACCUGGAAUUAUUCCUCGUUUGUUUGAUGUUGAAGGAAUGAUCGUUCAAGAUUUUAAUCUGCGACACCCUCAGCUCAACCUAAUCGUUUAUGAGCGAUGGCCGGUUGCUUCAAAACUUUUAAUUAGAUACGCCAAAGAAAGCUCAAUCGAUUAUAAGAAAACCCUGGGACUUCAUAAGCCAAAAUCAGAUUUGUCUGAGGAUGACAUCUCAUUGUUGGCUUAUUCACUUCUUCCGUAUUUGCUGCCUUCCUGCGCACGCAAGAUUUCAACUGGCUUAAACUCCGUUAAAGAAGGAACAAGUGGGCAAAAUAAAGGAGCAACGCGGGCGAGGUUGCAACUUCCGGGUGUUACAGGAAGCAGAUUAGGCAUUGCAGGCAGUUCUUCGGAUGAAGAAAAUGAGCAACGCCCAGUGGCUCAAAAACCUCGUAGGGCUCGGACUGUCAAAGCAUCAAACUCUGAUGCUCGAGAUACCUUGAUUCUAUUCCGAUCGAAAAAUACCCACGUCGCGGAUAUUUUGAGUGAAAAUAGGAAUGCUGCACCAUUCAUUUUGGCCCUAGGAUCGACCUAUGAUUUGAGAAUUGAAUCUUUCUUUGUAAUUUUGGACAAAUUCGCCAUCCCAUGUGGAUCAAGUUUUCUCCUGGCGCUGGAUAUUUGCCUAAAAUCUUUCACAGUAUUUUAUUUACCACCCCCAGUGGAAUCGAAAAAUGUUUGGCAGUUUCUCCAGCACGGAAUUACAGGAAAACCUUGCGAGAAUUUCACACUGACUCCUGUUGUUCAAGCGCUAAUUGGCCAGAUAAUUCCUCGGCUUAAUUGA